GCGUUGCCUGAUCGUUAGAUCCCGCCUGAAAAGAAAACGCGUUAAUUUACAUUUCCUUCGUUGAAGCUAAUAAGUUCCUACUGAUUUUGGGACAUUGGCGAUUUUUUGACGAAACUUUGUAGUGAGUUGCUCCACUGAAUUUUUACAGUUGAGAUUUGUAGUCUGGAAACGGGAUAAAUCUUGUUCCGGAGUAACUUCGCGUUUUUCCCUUCUCGCCUCAUUAAACAAUUUCUUUACUUCGUUUAAUCCCGGAAUAAUUCCGUAUGUUAUGGCCACCGUUUCCACCUCAUCGUCAGUAAAUUCUUCAAUUUGUACUGCGUAGCCUAACCUUGGCGUCGCCAAUAGAAUGAAUAAUAUACUCCAAACCAGCCAAGCGGAUUCCAUCUUGCGAUCUUUAGUAAAUCACUAACAAAUCUUUUACAGGAUUUUGGGGUAUUGCCCUAAAGUAUACGACAGCUAAAAAAUUAAAUCACCAAUAACAAACGGUUCUGAUUGAACUGUAAAAACCUGUAAUACAGAACACAAUUUUUACCUACAAACAGUUUGCGUGCCACGGUCUCUACCCCAACAGCUUGUGUCUUAUAUUGUGAGAUUUAUUUUAAGGUUUCCUCUUCAACUGGUACUAUGAAAGGGUUGUAGGCGGUUUGGGUGCGUUAUUCGAGAGUGCAACCACCAGUUACGUGACUAGUUGAAAGAUUUUUUCUUUAGCCAUAUGAUCUGUUAGUUUGUGCGUGAUUUUUCUUCGCUUUUCAUCGAAUUGUAAUUAUAUCCGAUCCCUCGAUGUAACAAGUCACAGAUGAUGAGUAAUCUCUUUUAUGACAUAUUUCACAUUUCCGAUAUUCUUUGGAAACGAAUUAUUUUGAGUGAAGUGAUAGCAAUCAGACUUAUCGUCAUCGUCAACGAAAAAACUCUUGAUGAUUCUGAUCAUAAGUGAGCAGAGCCAAUGAGUGGGUUGCAUUAUUGUAAAGUUAUGCUUUAUUUCAGCGAUGGCCCGUCAAUGGUUUACAAAAUCUUUACGACCAUUAUUAUGUAUAUUUGUAAUCAGUAUUUAAUUCCCUAACUGUUUUGAGAACAGCGAAUUGGCGUAUUUGUUAGGGAAUCCCGUAUAUUUUGUAAAGCUAUAUAAUGUAUUUCCUUGGCUAGAAUGAAACUGGUAAGCUAUUUGUGGGUUAGAUUGGAGAAAUUAAUUUGGGAAAAUUUUUGUUGCGUGCAAUAAAAGAAGCUAAAAAUAAGGAAGAAUGUGGUAACAAUAAAAGCAAUCGAUUAUCGUAAUACCAGGCUGUUUCUGUUGUAUUACAUUUUCCAACAUCAGGCUGUACCGUACAUUUAUCUAUAAAUUAAACACGUUUAAAAAAUGUUAAAUAACCUAUAUUUGUCGUGCGAUUAUUUACCUCGCCAAUUAUUUUGUUGUUCCUGUACCCAGCCGUCAUAAGAUGGACCAUUUAAUCGACUCCUACUUUCGAGGGGGGGUUUUGGGUCACCAAAAAUGGUCAACUUGUAAACCUUUCGAUUUUUAUACCACUCGCUGUACGGAACUGUUGUGCUGUUUUGGCCUACAGUUUUCAUCACAAAAAGCAAUAAAAGGCCAAGGGUAACAAUACCAUUUGCUCUAGUAGAUUUCGAGUAAUCCGUCCUCAAUUUCUAGUGUUUUAAGAUCUCUAGCGGGUACCGUAAACAAAUUAAAAUCAAUAGAUUAUGAAGGUGUAAAUCAAGAGAAAGUAGUAUAUGGACAUUAUUUUUUCUGUACUUACAAGUUUUUGGUGUUCACGUGUUUUCUGUUAAACAGCUUAUGACUGUUUGUAUCAUGACAUAGGCCUACAUAUAAUUUCAUAUUUGUCAAAAAUUUUACUAAAAUAAGUUGUGGGUGGUUUAAUGAAGGUAUUCGAGAAGAUCAGCCACCCCAUUAACUACGUGACAUUUAGAAAUAUUUUUGACUAGCUAAAUAUGAUGCGUCAGAUUUGACGUGAUUUUCUUAUGAUUGGCUCGAAACAGUCACAGGAUAGCUCACUAACUAUACUUGUUCAUCCGAUAAUUAAAUUAAUGCUCAAGUAACAAAAAUAUUUCGUUUCACGUCAAAGCUUUUUUAAAAUCUAGUUAAAUACCUAAACGUUAUCGAAAUUUUUUCAACGUAUUUCAUAAACAUUUGUACGUUACCCUGGCCCCUGGGUAGAAGAAAUAGUUUCAGCUUAAUUACUUCAGUAAUGACACUUCCCAUUCAUUUAGAAACUGAUAUGUUGAUCAUUAAAGCUGAGGUUCCUAGGCAGCUGUUGCAAAUUUCUAGACUUUUUGCUUCUUCUUUUCCCGUUGUUCCGCUCUACUGGAUCAUUACUCAUUAGCAGCAAGAGCAGCUCUGCAGAAUUAUUUCUUUAGACUUGAUCAUACACUGCUAGAUGACAGCUGGCAACUGCAACAGGUUUAUGAGUCCAAAGCCGCUAAAACAGUUUUUCCUUUCGAACUAAAUUCGUUUGCUGAUUUGAUGAAAAAUUGUAGGCUUUGCGGUAUUCGUUAAAUUUGUGAAAGUACAGACCAGCAGUCCGACUGUGCUUUCUUUUGAUUCGCUGAGAAAAUUUUAGCUUUCUAAUCUCCUAGUAAAAUAUAUACUUUCUCACACAUUUCACGAUACCUAUUCCACUUUCUUGAAGUAGCGUACAAUUAAAGUAUCUAAUUAUUGAUCAGGAUACGUAAAUAAGAAACUUUUAUAGGUUGAAAUCAAAUUGGCCGAAAUAAUCGUAUCUUCUACUAAAAAUCCGGUCAUUCUUUGAAUUUCUAAUACUACUACAAAUUUCACAAUUCGAGAGGAAUUUUUCAAGUACUUGUUAAUUGUUUUUUUUUCCUCACAAAAACCGCCAAAAGCGAAUUCGGAAUGCGGCAGUACGGCAAUGUGGCAAAGUAGUGUUCAGAGUGGGCGUGACCCAAAUCUUGAUAUAUCCAAGAAACGAUUUUUGACACCCAAAGAGUGAUAUUUUUCAAUCUUAUUGAAUGCUGAAACUCAAUACAAGUGACUCAUCAAUGUGUACAGAUUCCUAGAUUUCACCAAAGAAAGUCCUCCUCCUCUUCCUAACAAUUUUGCUGGAACUUCAGUGUUGCCUGCAAAUCACAACAGCAUGCACCGUCUUUGUUUAUAGACGCAUUUCAUCGAUCGUUUUGAAAUGGAGGAGGAAGGAAAUGGACUAUUGAUUACUCCAAAAAUGUAUGAAAUCUGCCAGACUUGUAAUAACCAGAAGAAGAAAGCUGAAAAUCAACUUGUCAAUCAGGAAUCGUUUGAAUCAGGCACUGUCCAAGGCCAAACAUUUAGUAAAGAAAAAGUUAAAGCAAGUUUAACAAAUCCGUUUAGCAACAAGUUGCACAAUUUCAAACAAAUCUUUGAAAGCACCAAGAACAAUUCUACAAGCACAGAAUGCUUUGAGAAAAAAGGACUCUUGCAGAGGAUGCACAGCCUCUCUCUACUCAAGUCAAAGGAAAAAAUCACAGAUCCAGUUAGUCAAAUUAUCGAAGUGUGCCAGUGUGAUAAUGGAAUGACUGAAAAUAUUGAUACAAGAUUUCACACCUGGCCUGAAAGAGGCAGGGACAAAGUCAAGAGUCCGAAGAAGACAUCAGUGGAAACUCACAAAGAAGUUGAUGAUGGCAUUUCUGAUGAUGUUUUUCAGGAAGAAUUGCCUGUUGUACAUGAUCCUUAUAGUAAACAAAUAAGAGUUGUACAAGCCGAAGUACUGAAGGAUGAACAGCUAUUCAAGAAAGAGAUGGGGCAUAGACGACAACCAAGCUUGCUUAGUAAUGUAAGCAGCACAGGAAGUGAAGUCCAUUUGCCACUGAUGCCAUUGAACAGUAACCCUCACUCUCACACCAGUUUGUCGAGUUUGAGUAACUAUAGUUCAUCCACAGACUUUACUGAACACACAAAUUCUUUGGAACGUUCCUGCGAACCUCCUCGAUUCGGGCUAGCUUCGUUUUGGACACGUGCGUUCACUCGCAAAACAGACAACGAUCAUUCAGCUGCAUCAUGGAAACUUUUCAGUCGAACUAGUUUCUUUCAAAAAUCUCGAAGUGGGCAAAGUAGUUGCAGCAGUCUCAACAGUAGUAGUAGCCCGACCUUGAACCCACGAAGUAUCGGCUCUACUGGUCUAAUAUUGCAUAGUCGCCCUUCUUUCCUGCCGGCAAAGUGCCCAGAAGAAGAGCUUCAUCAUCAGAUCUUACAUCACAAGCUCUUGGAAGAAUCUCAACGUAGAGAGCAAACCAAACUUCAAGAAAAGGAAAAACGAAUUGAAGAGCUGUGUAAACAAGAAGAGCAAGUUGCUGCUGCCACAAAAAUCUGGACAUCAGAAAUCCUUCCACAAUGGGAGAUAACACGCAAAUUGCGUAAAACUCGUGACCUUUGGUGGCAAGGAUUGCCUCCUUCUGUACGUGGUCAGGUGUGGAAACUCUCCAUUGGAAAUGACCUUAACGUUACUCCUGAGUUAUUCGCGUUGUGUCUUGAACGAGCCAAAGAGAAGUUGAUCAACUGCGACGGUGUGGGCCUAGAGAGCAGCGUUGAAGGGAUCAAGUUAGAUCUUUCCAGGACAUUCCCUCAUUUGGGAAUUUUUCAGAAAGGGGGACCUUAUCACAACGUUCUUGGUGAUCUGCUGAGCGCCUACGUUUGUUUUCGACCAGAUAUCGGUUACGUCCAAGGCAUGUCUUUUCUAGCCGCGACGCUCUUGCUCAAUCUGGAAGUUUCAGAUGCCUUUAUCAGUUUCUCCAACCUCCUCAACCGCCCUCUUCUCCAUGCUUUCUUCCGCCUCGAUCACGCAAAGAUGGCGGACUUCUAUGCCGGCUUUGAAGCUCUGCUCAAAUCUCAGCUUCCCAAAGUCUAUUCGCACUUUCUGGCGUUGAAUCUCACACCAGAUCUGUAUCUUCAGGAAUGGAUCUAUACUCUAUAUUCUCGUUCAUUGCCUCUUGAUCUUGCUUCAAGAGUAUGGGAUGUUUACUGUAGAGAUGGGGACGAUUUGAUAUUUCGAAUUGCAAUAGGUAUAUUGAAAUUGUACGAGUCUACUUUACUAGAAUCGGACUUUAUCCAUUCCGCUCAGUUGCUGACCAAUCUACCUGAAGACAUUGACGGGAUCAAGCUUUUCAAAAUCGUCGAACAAAUUGGCGCUUACCAAGAGAAAUCUCGUUUUACACAAAUGUUAACUCAUCACUUUAAAGUGAAAGGUCAUACGUAAAAUUCAACAAACAUCACAACCUCAAGAGAUUGGUAUUGCGGAGCUUGUACUCAUUCGUGUCUUCCGUCAAAUACUCUGAGACUGAAUAUUGAUGUGUAAAUCCUAUAAGUGUAAAUUGUUCAUUAUGUAAAGCCUGUUAUUUUUGAAGAAUGUUUAUGUAUCCAUUCGCUUGUAUUUUUAAUGCACUAUCGGUGCAUAUAUGCGAUCAUGUUGAUGUUGGUAACGAUCAGUAUGAUUGGGAUUUUGUUUUAGACAGCACCUGUCUGUAUAGGCCACACAAUUCUGGCUGGGCACAUUGUAAAGCAGGACAAAACUUUCUGUCCAAUCUAUUUACUUAAUACAUGAAUUCCAUCGAUUA